AUGGACCCUGGCACCAGCACCCAGUAUUUCUGGACCACUGAGGCCCAAGGGGAGCCCACAGCUGCAGCUGCUGGACAGGAGCACCGUGACAACUACACCAACGAAACUGCAACCUUGACCAAGAAGAAACCUAAGCGGAAGAGGCAGAGGCGCCAAUGUUCAUCCCUGGCUGAAAGGAACAUCGUGGGCUGCAGAAUUUCUCACAAAUGGAAAGAAGAGGAUGGUUCCAUCACCCAUUGGAGAGGAACGGUUCUGGAUCAGGUGGCCAUAAAUCCCUCCAUCUAUCUGGUGAAAUACGAUGGGAUCGAUUGCGUCUAUGGACUGGAACUCCAUCAAGAUGAAAGAGUAUUGUCUCUUAAAGUGCUCUCUGAUAGAGUAAAACCAUCCCCAGUCCCUGAUCCCAACCUUGAUGAUACCAUAAUUGGCAAAGUGGUGGAGCACAUAUUUGACGGUGACCAUGGCUCAAAAGAUCCAUGGAGGGCGAUGGUUCUGGCACAAGCGCCCACACUUAAUACCUUCUUUUACAUUACCUAUGCAAAUGAUCCCAUUUUAUACAUGUAUGAGCUUCUGGAUGAUUAUAAAGAGGGCAAUCUCCAAAUCCUGCCAGUGCAUAAUGAGAUUCGUCCACCAGAUGUGGGCCUGAAAUUUGUGGAUGGUCUGGUAGGAAAGCAGGUUGAAUAUACAAAUGAUGAUGGCACCAAAAGAGAGGGCAAGUUUAUUGGUAAAAUAGAAGCCCUGCCAUCGGUGUAUCUCAUCAAAUUUGACGAUGAUUUUCAUAUCUAUGUGUAUGACUUCACGGAAAAUGUCUAA